AUGAAUCAAGCGCUAAAGAAAACGUAUCGGACACAGCUAACGAAACUUGUGGAUCGGGCUAACGAAAUGUCUGAUGAUAAUGCGUCGGUUGACCACAAGGAAGCUAUUGUUUUAAUUAACAGACUGAAAUCGGUGAACGACUCGUUAAAGCGCGUAAAUAUUGAAGUAGCAAGUGAGAUACCCGUCGAUAAGAUUGAAUCAGAGUGCGAGAAAAUUAUCGAAUACGAAGAUAAGGCGGUUGCAGCGAUUGCCAGGUUGGAAUUCGAACUAUCAGGCGCGGGUGGAAAAUAUGCAGCCAGCAACGCCGACGCUGAAGAAGGCGGGGGGUCCAUUACAGCCGAAGGACGUGCAGCCAGAGCAGCUUCUACAAGGGCAGAAACCAAAAGGGCGGUGAGCUUACCCAAAUUAGAAUUAAUAAAAUUUAACGGUGAUUAUAAAAUGUGGCCUGCCUUUUGGGAGCAGUUCGAGACUGCUGUUCACAAUAAUAACGAUCUAGGGGAAUCUUCUAAGUUUACAUAUUUAAAGUCUGUUUUAACUGGAAAUGCUUCAAUAACCGUUCAAGGUUUAACGUCCAGUAGUUCAAGCUAUAAAGAUGCAGUUGAGCUUUUAAAGGAGCAGUACGGAAAUAACGAAAAAAUUGCCGAUAACUACACUCAACAGCUGUUAGCUUUAACUCCAGUCAAAACCAAAAAUGAUGUAGUUUCAUUGAGAAAAUUAUACAAUACAGCUUCAAAAAUAACGCGAUCUCUGCAGACGCUGGGAGUGUCUCCGCAAAAUUAUGGGAUGAUGGUGAAAUCUAUUUUAUUAAAAGCACUACCCUUUACUAUGAGAACUGAAUUCCUCAAACGACAGGUCACAACUAACGAUAAUGAUGAUAACGAGUCUGUUGCUGGAAGUGUCAUAAGUUCUAAAGAAAUCUUAUACGAACAUCAAAUUUCUCAACUUUUAAACUUUAUUAAGUUAGAAGUAGAAUCAAUUGAACAGGCUAAAGUUUUGGAAGAUGAGCCUAAAAGUAACGAGAAAAAUUCAGUUCACAAAAAUAGAUUUCAGAAAUCUAGUGAUAAAACGUGCACAGCAGCAGGUUUGCUUACAUCUGUAAAAGAACAGUGCUUGUUUUGCAACUCUAACGAUCAUGGCGCGAUGGAUUGUGAUAGCAAAAUAACGCUGGCGCAAAAGAAAGAGAUUUUAAAAUCUAAAGGGCGCUGUUUCCGAUGCACCAAGUCGAAUCACAAUUCAAGAUUUUGUCGAGUAAAUGUAUCUUGCGCAAAGUGUAAAGCGAAACACGCAACGUCUAUGUGUGAUCCAGAUUAUCAGAAGAAAUCUGCAACUGUAACUGCAUCCACGAAAAAUGACGCAUCGAGUAGUAAAUUUGAGUCGACAAAUUUGUUAGCGAACGGGUGCUUAGGCAAAAUAAUUUAUUUACAAACCGCUUGUGCACAAAUAAUAACGAACAGUGGCCUACCUAAGAGUUUUUUACGUAUGGUUAUAGAUGGAGGUAGCCAUUUAACUUUUAUCAAAGAAUGUGUGUCACGAAAGCAUAACUUACCUGUUAUAGGGACACACAAAAUAUCGAUAAUGCCUUUUGGAAAAUCUGAAAGGGCUCCGGCUCGCUUAUGUCGAAAAGUAUCAUUAACGUUGAAAAGCGAGUAUAUUAACGAUGAGGUGACUAUCAACGCGAUUGAAGUGCCCGAAAUUUGUUUUGAUUCAUUGAGCGCACCGUCAUUAAAAGAACCAUUGAUACAUGAGUUCAGCAUAAAUUAUCGAUUAGCGGAUUUGUGCGACUCUAACGUUAACGUUCAUCAUGGAAUAUCGCUUUUAAUUGGUUCUGAUUUUUAUUGGAAGAUAGUGACCAAUAACACGAAGAAAAUCACUGAAGACUUGAUGGCGAUCGAAACCAAAUUUGGUUGA